GGCGACCCAUUUUAUCAAUCUAACAGGACAGCGCAAUCCGCAACUGAUUUAUUAGUGGGCAGUCUAUAGUGAACAAGAUGGAAGUGAUACCUGAGAGAGAGGACCUUUUUCAAGGAAUUCAUGAACUGGAAAUGAGCUACAGAUCUCAUCAUUGGAGGUUGAAGGAUAAAGUACAGGAAGGAAAUGAACUGUUGGGUGAGAAAACCAGACUGCAGGAAUCCUUCCAGUCAAAAAUAAUGGCACUCCAGUUGGAGUUGAAUGAUUCGUGGGACAAGGAGACACAUCUUACUCAAGAAGUUCAAACUUUAAAGAAAGAGCUCACAAAAAAUCAAGACAUUAAGGUACAGGUAUCAAGUGAUCUCCAUGCCAAGAUAAUCAGUCUGCAGGAGUUGUUUCAGUCAGAGGUAAAAGCACUUCAUUUGAAAUUAAAAGAUGCAAGGGAUGAAAAUACCAGGCUGCGUGAGUUGUCAGACAAGUUGGUCAGUGAAAAUACAGAUAUUAAAGAAGAACUGGACCAGGUCUCCAAUCUUCUGGUCAAGGAAGAAAAUGUCAGGGAGGAAAAUGACACUUCCAUAAGAAAGCUGAAAGAGGAGAAUUUGGGCUUGAGUGAAAGAAAUAAAAAAAUGACUGCUGAACUGGUCUGGCUUAAAAGUCUGAGUGAGAAACAACAGACUGUAAAUGAAAAUCUGAAAACAGCAGUGAAUGAGCUACAGAAAAAUGAGAAAACCCUGAAUGACAGCCUCGCUGCUGAGAAGGUCCAAAUAAAAUCUCUCAGAGAGAAACACCACACAGAGGUUCAACAUCUGAGGGAAGCGCUGCAGAGUCAUCAGGAUAACGAGAAGAUUCUGAUGAGGCAGAUUAACAGUCUCACUGCUGAGGUGGCCCAACUGAAAUGUCUGAAUGAAGCAGACCAAGCAGAGAUUCAAAAGUUGAGUACCACAGUGUGUGACCUUGAGAACUGGGCAGAGAAGGCUCAACAAGACCGCAGGGAUAAAGAUGAGUUAAUAGAGAUAGCAACUGCACUUGUAAGCCUGAACGAAACAACGCAGACAGAGAACAAACACCUCUUGGCAUCAGUGCAUGAUCUGCAGGAGAGGGAAACAAUAAUAAAUAAGACUCAGGAGAGUCUGACUGCUGAGGUGGCCCAACUGAAAUGUUUGAAUGAACAAGAUCGCAGGGAUAAAGAUGAGUUAAUAGAGAUAGCAACUGCACUUGUAAGCCUGAACGAAACAACGCAGACAGAGAACAAACACCUCUUGGCAUCAGUGCAUGAUCUGCAGGAGAGGGAAACAAUAAUAAAUAAGACUCAGGAGAGUCUGACUGCUGAGGUGGCCCAACUGAAAUGUUUGAAUGAACAAGACCGCAGGGAUAAAGAUGAGUUAAUAGAGAUAGCAACUGCACUUGUAAGCCUGAACGAAACAACGCAGACAGAGAACAAACACCUCUUGGCAUCAGUGCAUGAUCUGCAGGAGAGGGAAACAAUAAUAAAUAAGACUCAGGAGAGUCUGACUGCUGAGGUGGCCCAACUGAAAUGUUUGAAUGAACAAGAUCGCAGGGAUAAAGAUGAGUUAAUAGAGAUAGCAACUGCACUUGUAAGCCUGAACGAAACAACGCAGACAGAGAACAAACACCUCUUGGCAUCAGUGCAUGAUCUGCAGGAAAGGGAAACAAUAUUAAAUAAGACUCAGGAGAGUCUGACUGCUGAGGUGGCCCAACUGAAAUGUUUGAACGCCACAAACCAAGCAGAAAUUAAAAGUCUGAAGGCAGAAGCACAUGAAAGUCAGACACUGGAAGAGAUGCUUAACAAUGAGAAUAAGAUCAUGGCCGGUGAGUUGGCUCAACAGGAGUUUCUGACAGAGAGACUAAACAACGAAAACAAAGACCUCAGGACUGCUUUGCAAGGUCUUCAGGACCAACUGCAGGAGGCUAUGCAACUAAUCUGUGACAAAGAUGAGCUAAUAACAAAGCAAGCCUCUGAAAUUGCAUUUAAGCAGCAAAUGGUAGAGGAGCUGAACAUGAAAAAGACAAUCCAUGACCCAAAAGAGAUGAUGCAGGAGGAGGAAAUAUUAGCUGAUGUUGAAGAUUUCAGAGAUGAACAUAGGAUCUUGGCUGAAGAUACAGAACAACCAGACUCACCAGAGGAUCAAAGACCUGAAAACGUCCUGGAGACUGAGCACGAGGAGCAGAGAAAUGCGAGUCUCCUGGAGACUACAUGUGAGGAGAAGAAAAAUUACAACCUCCCAGAGCACAGAGAUGACAGCCUCCAAAGAAUCCACCCACAGAGCCUCCAGUACUGA